CGACUGGCUCAGCAACAGUCUGACAAGGCGUCGUACGCGGCAGUGGCGCCAUUGGCGAGAUUCGAACUCGACGCCGCUGCCUUGCCCGCCUCGAGUGUGGGUGUGGGUGUGGGUGUGGGUGUGCGGAGGCGACGCGGCCGUCGACCGGGUCCCGACCGCCCCGGCGACGCAGAGUUCGUCGUGCCGAUCGUCGUCGUCUUCCGCUGCGUCUACGAGGGCUGCUCCAAAAGCUACUCAAAGUCGUCCCACCUCAAAGCGCACGUACGCACGCACACCGGCGAGAAGCCGUACGCCUGCCGAUGGCCCGGUUGCAAUUGGAAGUUCGCCAGAUCGGAUGAGUUGACUCGACACAGUCGCAAGCACACCGGCGAACGACCCUUCAAGUGCCGCGUCUGCGAGCGCAGCUUCGCUAGAAGCGACCAUCUUGCCUUGCACAUCCGAAAGCAUUCCUCCUCCUAG